AUGAGAGGAUUUUCGAAGCACGAACGUCGGUGGGGCUCCGACUCUGUUCCGGUGGAUAGAGCCGUCAGCAGCUCCUCCUCCCCCGGGACCGACUCCGCCGCUGCGUCAUCAGUAGGUACGGAAGAGUUCGUCGAGGUCACGCUUGAUCUCCAAGACGAUGACACCAUCAUUUUACGGAGCGUCGAACCGGCGACUGUCAUCAACGUGGACAAUGACGUCACUGUACUCACCGGCGGGAGUUUAAGCGGAGUUGAGACGCCAGUUUCAGGCUCGGCCAGCGUUUCUCGGUCCCCGACGAUGAAGAGGAGUUCGUCCAACCGCCUUCUGCAGUUUUCCCAAGAGCUGAAGGCGGAGGCCAAGGCGAAGGCGAAGCAAUUCUCCCAGGAGCUUAAGGCGGAGCUGCGGCGGUUUUCGUGGAGCCAUGGACAUGCAUCACGUACUCCAGCCUCGUCGACAGGAGCAGGGAACAGUGGCUUGGAAUCGGCUUUAGCGGCUCGCGCCAUGCGUCGACAGCGAGCUCAGCUCGACCGAACUCGUUCCGGCGCUCAGAAAGCUCUGCGAGGACUCAAAUUCAUCAGUAACAGCAAAACUAACGGCGUUGAUGCCUGGAACGAAGUUCAGAAAAAUUUUUACAAGCUUGCUAAAGAGGGUUAUCUUUACCGUGCCGAUUUCGCACAAUGCAUAGGGAUGAGAGAUUCUAAGGAAUUUGCGCUGGAAUUAUUUGAUGCAUUAAGCCGAAGGAGAAGAUUGAAGGUGGAGAAGAUCAGCCGAGAUGAACUGUUCGAGUACUGGUCCCAGAUCACCGAUCAGAGUUUUGAUUCUCGGCUUCAGAUAUUCUUUGACAUGGUGGACAAGAACGAAGAUGGUCGAAUUACUGAAGAGGAAGUUAAAGAGAUUAUCAUGCUAAGUGCUUCUGCAAAUAAGUUAUCAAGAUUGAAGGAGCAAGCAGAGGAAUAUGCAGCUUUGAUCAUGGAAGAGUUAGAUCCUGAAAGGCUUGGCUACAUUGAGUUGUGGCAGCUGGAAACACUACUGCUUCAAAAGGACACGUAUUUAAGCUACAGCCAAGCCCUGAGCUACACGAGCCAAGCUUUGAGCCAAAACCUACAAGGGCUGAGGAAAAAAGGCCCCAUCAGAACUAUGAGCACAAAAUUGGUUUAUUACGUGCAAGAAAAUUGGAGGAGAAUUUGGGUUCUGACGUUGUGGUUCGUGAUUAUGGUUGGACUCUUCACUUGGAAGUUUUAUCAGUACAAGCAGAAGGAUGCAUUUAAGGUCAUGGGCUACUGUCUCCUCACGGCUAAAGGUGCGGCUGAGACGCUUAAAUUCAACAUGGCUCUUGUUCUAUUGCCUGUGUGCAGGAACACCAUUACGUGGCUGAGGUCCACCAGGUUGGGGUAUCUUGUGCCCUUUGACGACAACAUCAACUUCCACAAGACCAUUGCAGCAGCCAUUGUUAUUGGUGUCAUACUCCAUGCUGGAAACCACCUUGCAUGUGAUUUUCCCAGGCUUAUAAAUGAAACUGAUGAAACUUAUGCUCAUUAUUUCUUCAAUGUCUUCGGGCAACAUAAGCCCCAAUAUUUGGACCUGGUACGAGGAGUUGAAGGUGUGACUGGAAUUCUGAUGGUUAUCUUCAUGGCAAUUGCUUUCACUCUUGCAACGCGGUGGUUUAGGCGGAGCCUUGUUAAGUUGCCCAAGCCCUUUGACAGGCUUACUGGCUUCAAUGCCUUCUGGUAUUCACAUCACCUGUUUGUGGUUGUUUACAUCUUGCUCAUCAUUCAUGGCUUUUUCCUUUACCUUGUGCACAAAUGGUACCUUAAAACGACAUGGAUGUUUCUAGCUGUUCCUGUACUUCUAUAUGCAGGGGAAAGGACCCUUAGAUCCUUCCGCUCAGGAUUCUAUCCUGUCCGACUUCUAAAGGUUGCAAUUUACCCUGGAAAUGUCCUCACACUGCAAAUGUCCAAGCCUCCUCAAUUUCGAUAUAAGAGUGGACAGUACAUGUUUGUCCAAUGCCCAACUGUUUCUCCAUUUGAAUGGCAUCCAUUUUCCAUUACUUCAGCUCCUGGAGAUGACUACCUCAGCAUUCAUAUCCGGCAGCUUGGUGAUUGGACACAAGAACUUAAAAGGGUAUUCUCAGAGGCUUGUGAACCUCCCAUGGCUGGGAAAAGUGGGCUGCUUAGAGCAGAUGAGACAACCAAGAGAAGUUUGCCAAAGCUAUUAAUUGAUGGACCAUAUGGGGCUCCAGCACAAGACUAUCGGAAGUACGAUGUGCUGUUACUUGUUGGUCUUGGGAUAGGAGCAACACCAUUCAUCAGUAUCCUAAAAGAUUUACUCAACAACAUUGUCAAGAUGGAGGAGCAGGCCGAUUCAGUUACAGACUUCAGUAGGCAUUCAGAUCAGAGUAAUGGAUCCACAACAUCUCCCUCUCUUGACAAGGUUUCUGGAAAACGCAAGAAGACAUUAAGGACAACUAACGCUUACUUCUACUGGGUGACGAGGGAACAAGUAUCAUUCGAUUGGUUUAAAGGUGUGAUGAAUGAAGUUGCUGAACUUGAUCAAAGGGGCGUUAUUGAGAUGCAUAACUACUUAACCAGUGUAUAUGAAGAAGGCGAUGCACGUUCAGCUCUCAUAACCAUGGUUCAGGCACUUAAUCAUGCUAAAAACGGUGUUGAUGUCGUAUCUGGCACUAGGGUGCGAACACAUUUUGCAAGGCCUAACUGGAAGAAAGUACUCUCUAAAAUUUGCACCAAGCAUGCUAAUGCUAGGAUAGGAGUUUUCUAUUGCGGGGCUCCAGUCUUGGCCAAAGAGCUAGGUAAGCUUUGCCAGGAGUACAACCAGAAGGGUUCAACCAAAUUCGAGUUCCAUAAAGAGCAUUUUUAGACUGCCGUAAGAUAAAAUUAUGCCAUAGAAGAAGUACUUUGAUCUUAGCUGAAACACCAAGAAAGAUGUGUCAACAGAUAGUUAGUUGACUAAACAUCAUUACCACAUUGAUGCUCGAUUGGAGCACCAUAGAAGGGUGAAAUAACAGAAAAGGAAAGGCAUAAAGAAGGCAGGAAAUGUUGUACAGUUCUGCGUUAGGGCAGCAAAAAAAUUCAUUGAAAAAAAGAGAAAAGUAGAGAUAUACAAGUACAUUGGCAACAAUGGUUUAGCCGCGUUUGUUUAAAGUAGAUCCUCACGACCAGAAAUGAUUCUGGUUGGCUGUGAGAUCGAUUGAAUUUGAAUCAGGCGGUAGAGGUUGUGUUUCAUGCAAGUGGCAGAAUCAAAAGGAAAAUCGCAGGAUGGUGGCCUUCACAUCCAAUGGAGAUCACUGAGACUUGAGAAUGCAUUACAGCUAAAAGAUGUUGACCUUUGUGAUAAUUGAGCAUGAAAGGGAGACGUGACCUUUAUGAUAAUUGAGCACGAAAGAGAGACAUUCGUGUUUGGUUUUGAUGUUAAAAAAAAAAAAAAAAAAAAAAGCCACUAUAAUUUUUAGGUGAAGAUGAGGCAGGUCUUCUGGAUUUGUAGAGUUUGGGGUGGACGGCUUGCCGAUUGAACUAUUGCAUUUUUUGGAGGUGGGCUCAGGGAAUCCUAGAAGAUCAUGCUGAUGUAGGUGUCUGCUGCAAUUUUUCUCAUUAUCUUGUUUGUCAGAAUGCUAAGCUUGAUGACACACUUUUUACCGGUACUGCAUGUUUGCUGAAAUCAAGGAUAGGUAGGAUAAUUAACAAUAUGUAAAUGAGACUCAAUAGUAUCAGUCUUUCACACUCCUCAGAGGAUUAGAGAUACAAGUGUAUGUAAUGUAAGAAUAAAAACUGAAUUCAAUUUAUACCAAGGAAUGUUUGGGCAUUCCACAUACUUGAAAA